AUGUAUUGAAUGGAAUGUAAAAAAUGGAAUUUAAAUAUUUCAGACAUCCAAACUACACGAUGUCCCCAUCCGAUGGAUAUUAUUUUUGUGCUGGACGGCUCUGAUAGCGUUACAUAUAAAAACUUUGAUAAAGUAAAAAAGUUUACGACAGAUAUAAUCGACCAAUUCACUCUUGGUGAAUACCACGUUCGUGUUGGGGUCAUUGAAUUCUCUACAUUCAUUGGCACAGUCAUCGAAUUGGGACGAUUUAGAGAUGUGACGUUACUCAAGUUUCUUAUACGCAAUAUCACAAUGUCAAAUGACGGAACUGGAACCCAUAAAGCGUUAAAACGCAUGCGUGAAAUGUUUCAAGAACGUGGCAGACCGGAUCAGCCGCAUAUUGGAGUUGUGAUCACCGACGGUCUUUCUGUGAGUCCAUACUUAACAAAAGAGGAAGCUAUGUUUCUCCACCAGGGCGGCGUUGUAACUUUUGCUGUGGGUGUGGAGGGAGACAAGACAUUUCAGGCGGAAUUAGAGUAUAUUGCCAGCAGCGAAGAUAAAGUAUUUCCUGUUUCAGAUUUUGAUGAUCUGCCUUUAAAUCUGUCCUCCUCACUCUGUUCCAGUAAGUACACAUGUAAUUUAAUUUGUAUAAUUAAUCUGAUGUGCCAGUAGGAGCUAUGAUUUCCGUAUUGCGUGUUACCAGGCCGCCAGGGUUAGGGUUAGACCGGUAUACUUUCGUCCGCGUUUUUUUUUUGUUUUUUUUUUGUUUUUUUUUUUGGUUACGGUUUUCCGAACAAAUCAUUCAACUGUUUUGGUUGCUUGUCUCUAUAAAGUUUAUCGGGGAAUUGUUGAAACUGAUACGUUCAUUUUGAAUUGUGUCUCGCUCGCUGGUAAUCGCAUUGAAGAUUUCAGUCAUGCCUCGCUACAUGCGUGUGAAAGUUUUUAGUUCAGUAAAUCCACUUUAACACUUAACGGUACAACAUUGUAUAAUUGUGUCCCUCCUUUCUGUAUAAGCUUUGGUAUAUCAGGGUGUGCCUUGGUUUGCAUUAUAUAAUUUUGUCCCUCCUUUCUGUAUAAGCUUUGGUAUAUCAGGGUGUGCCUUGGUUUACAUUGUAGAAUUUUGUCCCUCCUUUCUGUAUAAGCUUUGCUAUGCUUCAGGGGGUCCUUGAGUUUACAUUGUAGAAUUUUGUCCCUCCUUUCUGUAUAAGCUUUGCUAUGUCCGGGUUUUAUAUUCUUUAUGGAUGAUGUUGGUUACUGUUCGUUAUUUUCACUUUUACAUUACUUUUACGGUACUGACUAAAACCUGGUCUCGGUCCCGGUCUUCGGUCUCGGUCCCGUGACUAAAACCCGGUCU